GGGAUUGAAAUUUGUCAAAAUUUUAUUUUAUGUUAAUAAAAAAGUUUCAUACUUAUUUAUUUGAAUCGUUUGUAAUUCUCUUCAAAUUUGGACAUUAUAUUCGUUCACCAUGUCGGCCGAUCUAAGUUGGAUGAUAAUCAGGAACAGUAAUGCGUUUUUGUCAAAGAAAACUAACAUUAAGAAACCAUUCAGUAAAGAACCAAUGAACUUGACAAACUUGGCAUCAAAACGCUACAAUGGUCUUGUACACGAUAACAGUAUUGGUGUGGAAUCGGCUCCUAACAACAAGGGAUUCACUGUCAUUACUAAAAAGCGCAAGUUGGCAAAUAAACCAGGAAAGUCUCUUGUGAAAGUAAACUUUACUAGUGGUCCAAGAAGAUCAUUGUUCAAGUUGCGUAAAUAUUUGCUUGGAAACAGCUACAGAAAAGACCUUAUCCAGGCUUCGCUAAGAAGGGCUAGUGCCAUUUUGGAAUCACAAAAACGAGCUACAUUGGCCCUAAAGAAGUUGGGUAAAAGCAAGAAACCUGAUGCUUAAUAAUUUUAAAAUAUAUAUUUUUUUUUCUUAAAAA